CGUCCACGUCGAAGCUCACUUGAGCCUCGCCAACUCAGCAAGCAUGGCGUCAAUUGCAGCGGCUUGCAGGCUGUCCUCACGGGCUGUUACAAGGCAGUUGAGAAGAGAUGUUCAAUCACGAGGCUACAGAAGCUCUCGUGCAAACCUUGCCGCACAAAAUUUCACAAUGCCGGCACUGUCGCCAACGAUGACUGAGGGGAACAUUGCGACCUGGAAAGUGAAGGAGGGCGAUUCAUUCGUCGCUGGCGAUGUUCUGUUGGAAAUCGAAACAGAUAAGGCCAGCAUGGAUGUUGAGGCUCAAGAUGAUGGCAUAGUGGCUAAAAUCAUCAAAGGUGAUGGUACAAAGGGCAUUGCAGUUGGUGCAAGGAUUGGUGUUCUUGCUGAAUCGGGUGACGACAUAAGCUCGCUGGAAAUCCCAGCAGAAGAGAGCGUCCAAGGUGAAGCACCCAAGAAGCAGGAAUCGCCAAAGGAGCAACAACCAGCGAAGGAGGCAGAGGUAAAGGAGGAAUCCGCAGAGCCGGCUGCUGAGACGUCUGCGCCAUUCCACAAAAGCACUAGAGAAUAUCCGCUUUUGCCAUCCGUUGCUCACCUCGUUCAUGAGCACGGUAUUGCCGCAUCGGACGUCGACAAGAUCAAGCGUACUGGGCCCAAGAACAAACUCCUCAAGGGCGACAUCCUCGCGCAUCUUGGCCAGAUCUCAACGGCAUACCCGAAGGAACUUGCUGGCAAGGUUGAGAAACUCUCCCAUCUCGACCUCAGCAACAUCAAGAUUGCGCCACCGAAGGAGGCACCAAAGAAGGCCGCACCUGCACCAGUAGCCGAGCCAGUGGAGCAAGAUGUCCAAGUUGCUCUCCCCAUAUCUAUGGCUGCAGCACUCGAGGUCCAGGCCCGCAUCCAGAGAGAACUCGGCACCCACCUUCCCCUCUCGACCUUCAUCGCUCGCGCCGCCGACUUCGCCAACGAUGACCUCCCACGUUCCAAGAAUGCAAAGCCAUCGCAAGAUGAACUCUUCGACGACAUUCUUGGCCUCAAUGCCAUCCGCAGCUCUUACGGCGUCCGCGGCAACUUCCUGCCACAAAUUACUGCCCUGCCACACACUGCCAUGGCCACAGUGCCUCGCGUCAGAACCGUCAAGCAAGACGUCGAUGUCUUGGACUUCCUCACUGGCAAGGUCAGGAGCACGGCGCCUACGCGUAUCCCUGCCACGCCAUUGCCAGGACCAGCAGCUACAACGAACAUUUUCAGUGUCAGCGUGCCGGAGGGAGAUGAGAGGCAGGGACUGGUGUUCCUGGAGAGGGUGAAGGAGAUCUUGGAGGAGGAGCCGGGAAGCCUUGUGCUUUGAGGGGUGUGAGAAUGGGAUUUACACCAAAAUGUAUUGAUACGAAAUUCUAGAAGAAUAUAAUAGAAUUGAUUCGGAGUUAUCGAACCCCGUUUA